UAUUUCGACCAGAUUUGAAUAUUAGUUUGAUAUGUCCAGAAUGUAGAAAUUCUCAAGCAAAUUUAAUUGAAGAAUACUCGAGUGGAGAUAUAGUUUGCGGAGAUUGCGGUUUAGUCCUUGCAGAUCGCAUUAUCGAUACAAGAUCUGAAUGGCGUACGUAUAACGGUGGUGAUAAUGAUCCGCCUCGAGUUGGUGCAGCAGCAGACCCAUUAUUGAAGGAUUCAGCUUUGAAUAAAAUUAUUUCAUCAAAGGGUCGUAAAGGUCUUACUAGAACACAUAUUAAAGCAACAACUAGUGAAUUUGAUAUGACAUUAAAACAUGCAUUCUCGGAAAUUGAAGCAUUGUGUGGGUUAAAAAAGUUGCGAGAUCUUUUAGAAUUAAGCAAGCGAACCGAUGAUUUAAGUUUACUUUCUGGUAGAAAUCAAAAUACCUUCGCUGCUGUCGGGAUCCCUAUUGAUAAUAUCGCUAAAGUUUCUGGAAUGGUUCUUGGUUCUAUCAAAUCUGUUUACCGUUUUCUUCACGCUAAACGAGAAAGCUUUCAAGAUAUAAUUGAUAAUAAAGAAAGGGUCAUGUCUCCGCGAAAAAUCGCUUCGCUCAACCUUAUUCAACUACCAAAUUUUCAUCUCGCAAAUUUGUUAAUUACCCCAUUUUUGUUAAACCCGGCAAGGGAAUCUAAAUCCAGAAAAACGGGACAAACAGAAAUUCGUGGACCAUAUUAUA